AUGUCUCAAUCUUCAUUUUCUCCGCAAUAUUAUGAGAUAUUACAACAAUUCCAAAAAUAUAAUGACAAAUCCGUAGCACAAGUAAAAGAAGUAUCGCUUAGUAGCAUUCCUGCGAUACCAGACAAUUUCAUCAUCGACGAGAUUAAAUUAGAUGAAAAGUAUAGAAUUAUAAGCAAGGAAUAUUUGGAGGAUGGAUUGAAAAUAUAUGAGGAUGUUAUUGAUGAAAAAUGGAAAGAUUUUAAUGAUGAUGGAUUAUGCGGAGAAUGGCUUAAGGUUAAGGAUAGAGAAGACACAGGAAGAGUAGUACUUUACAUGUUUGGUGGUGGAUAUUUUGCGGGAUCACCGAAAUCAUCCCGCCUACUUACUCAUCGGAUCGCUGAAAAUGCUGAAUGUUCAAUUUUUGCAAUUAAUUAUCGUCUUUGUCCAGAGCAUCAAUUUCCUGCACCACUUUGUGAUGCUUUAGCAGCAUAUCUAUAUCUUACCAAUCCUGGUCCGGAAGCCGGAUUUAAGCCAAUUGAUCCUAAACAAAUUGUACUUGCCGGAUCUAGUGCUGGUGGUGGACUAGCUGUUGCUACUGCAUUAUUCAUUCGCGACAUUGGUUUACCAUUACCAUCAGGACUUGUUUUAUGG